CUGUCAACCAAAGCUCGAAAACGUGCGGAAUCUGCGGAAUGAGCCAAAUUAAACUUGGAUAAAAUGUACUAUUUUAAGAUAUUAAUCUUCAUUCCAUGUAUGUAAUGUUGUAACGAAGUUAUGUACCUAAGUGUUUCCUUUCUUUUGUAGUGGUUUAUUAUUUACAUACUUGGAUUUCUUAUAUAAAAACUCCACAUCAAACAGCACCAUCAUACAUACUGGCUCAAAAAAAAUAAGCAAUGGUCGAUCUAAUGAAAAGAGCCCUUGAGCUAGCUAUGGAAGCACUGGUCGCGCAGGAGGUACCCGUUGGGUGCGUGUUCACAGACGGCGAAAGAAUAGUCGCAGAAUCAAGAAACUGCGUCAACUUGACUCGGAACCCUACAAGACACGCUGAAAUCAACUGUAUAGACACUGUAAUUGACUACUGCAAAACAAAUAACAUAAAUUAUAAGGAAUUAUUUCGUAAAAUAACCGUGUAUGUAACAGUUGAGCCAUGUAUAAUGUGUGCAGCGGCUCUCAAUGACCUACAUGUUAAGGAAGUAGUGUAUGGUUGUGCUAAUGAUAGGUUUGGGGGUAAGACUGUAGUAGAUGUUAGUAAUUACUAUGAACACAGCUACACACUGACUGGGAACCUGAUGGCAGACGAGGCCAUGGCCUUGCUAAAACAGUUCUACAAGGGUGUGAACCCUAAUGCACCAGAACCAAAAGUUAAAAAGAAAAAGGAUAAUGAAUGAUGCUGUAAUUAAUGUUUUGAUUUUAAGAAUUUACACCCAAGAGAUCAGGGGUCACCAAUUAGUUUCUUCAGGGGUCUCCAUUUGGUUUCACCAUUUGGUGACCCCUUCAAGAGAUGCUAAAAUUUCUUACAGUGGAUGUUGCAUUAUAUUGAAAUAGUUACAGAAGAAAAUCAAUUAUAAACUAGCCAAUACUGUUAUCUAUGCAAAGAUAAAUCAAAUCUUACGCUUACAUAUAAUAUGUGCUAACAGAUUUACCAAUUUCUAAUCUUUGCAUCAUUAUUUCCCCAUUAUGUAAAAAUAGCACAAUAAUUUCAUGAUAUUUGAGUAAUAUUUGCUAUUAAUGCUCAUAAUUUAUACCAAGACUUAGUUGGAUAAUGUAAAUUUGUAAAGUAUUGUAAUAAAAAUCAUUCAAUUUA